UUGGCCGGUUAUGUGUUUUGGGAGAGAAUUUAUAGUUUUAAGGUUACUUUCUAUUCUAACGGUGAAAGUUUUGACUGAAUUUUAAUAUAGUUAGUAGUUACAAGAUAUUUAAGAUGACGAUGACGAACCAGAGUUAAAUAUAAUUGUGGAAAUGUUAUGUAAAGUUUUAUGAAAGGGAGACCAUAUGUCGAUCGUUUGGUUUUUGAAUUCAGAAAGAUAAGUGACACGAUUAUUUUGGGUUUCGUCUUAUCCUCGUCCAUCUACACCGCGUAUGGUCUGGUCCUACUAAACGAGAAUAAGUCGACGUGGCAAAGUAACAAUUAAAUACAUUCCACUCCACCGGACCGGACUUUCAUUCCUUGCCCUUCUGUCUGGAUAGUUAGUUAUCUCCUCCGAUAAGCCAAACCAAGAUGGAUCCCUCUCCCAUCGUGAUAACCUUUGCCGCCUUCUUUCUCCUCGCCACAGUCUCCGGACAAGAACCGUUUCGCCGCUUCGAGUACAAAUAUUCUUUCAAGCCACCCUACCUUUCACAAAAAGAUGGCACCGUUCCAUUCUGGGAGCAUAGCGGAAACGCCAUCGCUAGCGAAGAAAACUUGAGGAUAACGCCAAGUUUAAAGAGCCAAAAGGGCAUGAUAUGGUCCAAACUUCCAACCGCAUUUGAAUGGUGGGAAGUCGAGAUAUUAUUCAGAGUGACGGGGCGCGGAAGGAUAGGAGCGGAUGGGCUGGCGUUCUGGUUUACGGAGCAGAAAGGUGUGGAAGGACCAGUAUUCGGAACGUCCGAUAAAUGGGUCGGGCUCGGUGUCCUCUUCGACACGUUCGACAACGACAACAAGCACAAUAAUCCGUACAUCAUGGCCAUGGUCAAUGACGGCACGAAGGCGUACGACCACCAAAAUGACGGCUCCACCCAACAAUUGGCCGGAUGUUUGCGCGAUUUUCGUAACAAACCGUUCCCCGUGAGGACGAAGGUCAUGUAUUACAAGAAUGUCCUCUCGAUAUUCAUCAACAACGGGAUGUCCAACAGCGACACGGACUAUGAACUUUGUCUCCGCGCGGAAAAUGUGUUCCUCCCGAGUCGCGGAUACUUUGGUCUCUCCGCCGCCACAGGAGGACUUGCUGAUGAUCACGACGUUCAAAAGUUCAUGACGUGGAGCCUCCUCCUCGACUCUGCCACGUACGGCGACGUGACCGCCGAACAGCAAAAGUUUGACCAAGAGUUCAAGCAAUAUCAAGACCAGUUGGAUAAGAAGAAGGAAGAGUAUCACAAAGAGCAUCCCGACGCCAAGAAGGAGAAGGAUGACGACGACUGGUUUGAGGAGGAGCAGAUUCGCGAACUCCGCCAAAUCUUUCAAGGCCAAUCUGAACUGCGGGGACUGGUGCAAACGUUGAGCAGGAAGUUGGACGAGAUUGUAGGCCGACAAGAGACAACGAUUUCGCUCGUCAGUUCAUUCCAAGGACAGGGAGCGAUUGGUCAUAUUCCUCAAGGUCAAAUUCCAAUGCAGCCACCAGCGGUUGGAGGUGGAGGCAUGGCGCGUCACGAGGUGGACAACAUGCUCGCGGCGAGUCGAGAACUAUUGACGUCGACGAGAGACAUCAAAACCCUCUUGCAAACAAUGUCCGCCAAUAAUGGGGGCAAACCUGCCAGCUAUGGAAAUAUAGACAUUACCGGAUCAGUCAACGAGCUUAAGGACGGGAUCAACACUCUCAAACGUGACGUGUCCGCCGUGUCGCAGCGCGUUCAUUCGGCCCCCGUGGGGACCGGAGCAUCCGGUCAGAUGGGAGGCUGUCCGAGCUGCGUCUCCACCACGGUCGUCGUCGCCAUGGGCUUCGUCCAAAUGGGCGUCAUCCUCGGCUACCUUUUGUACAAGUCGAGCAAGGAAAAUCAAGCCAAGAAAUUCUAUUAAGCCAAGACUAUUUUUAAUCAGCUAUUAAUUAGUUAACUAAUUAAUUAGGCAAUUAAUUUGUGUACUUAAUUAAUCGAGAGGCACUGGCGACGCGACGUAACGAUUAUGAUUCUUCAUCAUUUUUUUAUCAGUAGUGUAAAAUUUUUGCUGUUUCCGUUCUUUUUUUGUGAUUUUUUGAUUUGACUGAAGUAACAUAAGAUACAUAGAAUUAUCUUGCGAUGCGGUAGCUAUAAAUGUUAAGAUACGGUAUAAGAUAAGCUACAUAAUUAUUAAGAUAAGGUUAAGCGCAGAUAUUGUAACAAUCAGUUGCAAAAUGAAGGGAGUUCACCCAAUCAUCACAUAAACUAGAAGCUGGGACUGAAUUUCUUCUUAUAAAAUGAGAGGAAUUUCGACCAGUUGUUAGUUAAUUGCAUUUCAAUUAGGAUAAUUAUUUAGUUAAUUAAUUAAUUAAUCCAUUCUCGUGCUCAGUACAUAAAUAUAAUUGGGAUAAAUUAGAGGAAAGAUCUUAAGUAUUUGCGAUCUUCAUUAGGUAAUUACAGUCCCGCUCAAAAUAUUCUUUAAUUUGAUAAGUGUAAAUGUAAUUAAAUGUAUAUUAAAUUAAUUAAUUGGUAAAUAUGCUAAUUAGGAAUUAUUUAUAAUUUGCAUAAAUAUUUACGGAGGAGAGUAUACUUCCAGUCAGAAUUGUGUAUUUAAUUACUUUUUAAUUAAAUUAUAUAAAUGAAGGAAGGGGUGCAUGCUGCAUUUUGUUUUAUUUUUUAUGGUGGUGUGGUGCUUAGUUAUUUUAAUUGAGGAGAUAAUUCAGGUAAAUAUAAGUAUAAUUAAUUAGAAAUAUUUAAUUGUAAUUAAUUAAUUUCUGGGACAGAAUCUAAUCGAAUCCAAUAUGGGCAAGUUAAACACGAUAUUAUAAAUAAUUGCAUGCAAAACAAAUCAUGGUUGUUGUAAAAAAAAUGUCGAGAUAGUUUUAAGAGUAAUUAGUUAAUUGUGAGGCUAUAUAUAUAAAAUUAAGUUAUUGAUAUGGUACAUAAGCAGGGACUAAAACUUUAGAAUUUGCAUAAUGUGGAGGCGGGCAAUUAUAAAUUAGAUUUAACUAAUUAAAUAAUUAAAAUGAAAUUAAGAGACUGACGACUGGCUCAUCAGUUUUGCUAAUUAAUAAUUCUGUAUCAAUUUAAAAUUCAAAAUUGUCACGACUUUUGUCCUGCAUUUUCCAAGAGUAAGAUUUUUAAUCCAGUUAAAUUUACAGUUAAUGUUUAACCUUUUCUGUGCAUAAUAAUUAAUUCAUAUUAAUUAUGUACAUAUAUCAAGAUAAAAGCUGAAUAAAAAUGUGACGUGAUGACUAUAAAAUUA